CCAACAAUGUCUAUCAAAAUUUGAAUCUUCUUCAUAUCAAGGUUUGCGUAACGUUUCCACAGUUCCGCAUACAACGACUCUUCCGCAUGAGAUAUCGUUCCGCUGUCCGUUCGACUGUUUUGGAUGAACGCCCACUUAUCAGUAGCCGGUUUGUACAUUUCACAACAUUGUAUUUUGAAAUACUACAAAAGUAUAAAAUAGUAAAGUAACGUGAUCAAAUACACGGGGAAAUUUUUCGCUCGGAAAGAAAACUUCCAUACUUUUCUUAUAUAUAUAAAGUAGUAAAUGAGUUGUGAUAACUUUAUCAGUAUAAACCUAGAUACAGUCACAUACCUGUAGACCUACACCUGUGACUUAUAUCUAGCUCACCAUGGAAGAUGGAAGGAGAUUUGUACUGUUGCUGACGCUUUGGGUGUGUAUGGUGUGUUACUGUCAGUCAAGCUUGGACCUCCUGAGACUGCCAACAGAGGACGCCUUAUCGCUAGAUGAAAACUGUCUCAAUUGCCAAGGCGACUGCUUCAACAACACUAAUAUCUGCAAUGGCACGUGCGUUAGCGGUUUCUAUGGUGACGGAUGUGAACUAAAUUGUACAUCAAAUUGUCGUUACGGUUGUAACAGGACAUCGGGUUCUUGUAAUUAUUGUGCGAAAAAUUACCAAGGGGACUACUGUAACGAGACGUGUCCACAGAACUGUUACUCUGGGUGUCGGCAGUCGGGGCUGUGUUUCGGCUGUGAGCUCUCUUGGUUCGGUGAGAAGUGCAAUAAAACUUGCCCGAAAAAUUGUAGAUACGGAUGUGAUGCUGAAACAGGAGAAUGUACACGCGGGUGUAAACCCAACUUCUGGGGAACCGAAAGCUGUAACCAUACAUGUCCUGUAAACUGUGACGGUGUCUUUGACUCAUCAAGCUGUUCACAGUCCUCAGGCGCAUGCACCAAUGUGCAAGCCGGGGUAUACAGGCGACAUGUGUACCGAGCGAUGUCAUGAUCCCAACUGCUCAAAAUGUAUAAAUGAUCCAGGCAUACAGCGUUGUUACGAAUG